GUCCUAUUAAACCUAAUGAAAUGAAAAAAAAAUUAUUUGAACAUAUUCUUAAAAUUGGAAAUAAUGAAUAUGUUGAAAAUAAAAAUUCUGGCAUAGAUUUUUCGUGCAAAAUAUCAACUGUUUUACUAAAAAGUGAACCCCAUGAACUUGGAAAAAAAAUUGCUGAAAUCCUAAGCAUUCACGAAAGUAUAAAAAUUUCCAUAAACAGUGUGAUAGAGGAUAUAUUGAACAAUUUUCCUGUAAUGCGUCCAGAUCGGUUUAAUAUGUCUAAUGAUAUUAAAGCUGAAAUAAAGAAGAAUAUUCAUCUUACACCCGCAGAUAUUUUUAAGCAAUUGGAACAACAAAAUCCAAACUUAACUCAAAAACAAGUUACUUUCGAUAAUAUAACUGAUAUUAAUUUAAACGAUGAUGACAAUACUGAAUCAUUACAAAUAUUCGAAGAAUAUAAAUUAUUACUUUGUAAUGCACUUGAAAUUGUACAAGAACAGGAAAAUUCCAAUAAUGUUCAAUGGGUGCAAUCGGUUCAAGAAAGUUUUAAAGGCGUACAAAAUUUAGUGAUGGACAUUAAAUCUUAUAAAAGAAGAAUAACUAAUUCACGUACUUGGAAAGACCAUAAUCGAUAUACAAUGUUUUUAAAUUUGCAAGACAUGA